UACCUUCCGGUUAACAUGAAAAGAUUAAAAAAAAAUUCCGUGGAAACGGAAACCGAAACGGAGGAAAGAUUUUAAAGAAAAAAAACAAUUGAGGGGGCGGAAAAGAAAAUUCCCGAAGAGUGCGUACGGCUACAUGCGUGGUCCAUCUCCAUAAACAUGAUCUUCCUCCUCUUUAUCAUAAACCCUCUUUCCAUCCUCUCUCCCUCUCUCACUAAACCCUUUUCUCCUGCAAUAUUGCGAGUCGUGAAGCAGUAGAUCAUCUCUUUCUCUCUGUGCAUGUAUUUUUCUCUCCAGCUGCAAUGCAUUUCAUUUUGAUUCUGUGAUGAACAAGUAGGCAGUCCAAGCGAGCACUAUAAGACAGUGAAGAAUCAAGGAAUAAUAAAGGAGAAGACUAGUAUGGAUGUUGACAAAAUAGCUGAAACUGUAGGCCCGUCGGAAUCUGGGGAGGGUUUGCCAUUUGCUCCUCAAGAUUGGCCUAAUCCAGGAGAUAAAUGGAAGUGGAAGGUCGGGAAUCGGAAAUCCGCCUCUGGCUUCUGGAUCGACAGAUACCUCUCUCCUCCCGACCGCAUUCAGAAAGCCCACUCUCGCAGUCAGCGUUUUGCGAGCCGCCCUGCUGUUAUAAAUUUUUUGAAAAAGGAAUUCCCUGGCACUGAUGUCGAUGCUUUCUUUGCCUCUUUCUCUUGGAAGGUUCCUUGCACCAGAUGUGCUUCUGCUUCUCCAGUGAAUGCAGGUAAUGACUCCUCUGACAUGCAUCCUGUACAACUCUUGGCAAAUGAACAUGCCGGAUCUGAAUCAACAUUUGGAGAUAAUGAUUGUAAAGCUGGAAACAAGAUGUGUAGUCUUCGAGUACAACCAAGGACUAACUCCCUUGAAGCCAUGGCAUGUGAUAUCUGUUGCACUGAAUCUGGCUUUUGUCGUGAUUGUUGCUGUAUUCUAUGUUGCAAGACUAUUGACUGGGAGUAUGGAGGGUAUAGUUUUGUAAAAUGUGAAGCAAGGGUGAAGGGAAACUAUAUCUGUGGGCACAUUGCCCAUGUGAAUUGUGCUCUCCGUUCUUACAUGGCUGGGACUGUAGGAGGAAGCAUUGGCUUGGAUGUUGAGUACUAUUGUAGACGAUGUGACAACAAGACAAACCUGAUUUCACAUGUUGAAAGGUUUCUAGAAACAUGCCAAUCUGUUGAUUCCAGGGAUGGCAUUGAGAAGAUUUUAAACCUUGGUUUGUGCAUCUUGCGUGGCUCCCAACAGACAAGCGCAAAGAACUUGCUGAAUCAUAUCGAGCUGGUUUUAACAAAGCUUAAGAGUGGAAUUUACGUUGAAGACAUUUGGAAGGUGGAUGACGAUAGUCGAAGGUUUUCUGCAGCCUUGUCAGGGCCACUGGAUGUUCUAAGCAAUCAAGUUUCUUUGGAUUUCAUUGCUGGAUCUGAACCUUCACAUGAGCUUGAUGACACGCGUGGAAGAGGAGCUCAAACACCUGUCUACAUAACUUCUGAUCAUCAUAUUGCUUCUUUGAAGUUUGAGAAUGAGAUUGAUAGAGCUCUUGAAUCAUUGAGAAAAUCACAGGAAGAGGAGUACAAAGUUGCAGAGCAAAAGCUGUAUGGCCACAAGGAUCUCCUUCUUGGAUUGUAUCAAAAGCUUGAUAUGGAGAGGUCUGAACUUGCAAAGCAUACAGCAUCACCUGCUGGCAAUGACUCGGAUGCCCUUCUUGCCAAUGUCUUGAGUAGAGUGGAACAAAUAAAGAGAGAAGUCAUAAAGCUCAGGCAUAUGGUGGAAAUUGCUAAUGGGUUUGGGAGGACUCCAAAAGCUAUAUUAAAGGAGCACUUUGGUUUGCCGAUUGAAGAUUGAACUCACUUAACAUCACCAGCAUGCAACUUGAGUAUGUUUGCUUGUUCUUCAUUUGUGUCCUUGUGGUACUAUGUUUCCUCUUGGCAUUUGCUUAACUACUUAUGUAUAAACUACCAGGCAGACACAGAGCCAACUGGAAGACACGUCUAACUGUUUUUCCACCUACUCUGAGUAAUCUUGAUUAGGAAAGGACUUUUAAAUCUCUCA